AUGAUUCAAGAUGAAUCUUUUUCAAUGCCUAAUAGGCGUACAACAGCUAAUGUUGAUCAUGCUGAACGUGUACAUACUGAUCUUAUUAAUCAAGCAGCAGGAAGACAAAAUUUUGAACAACAACAAACAUCUAUUCUAACACGUCGUGAAUCUGAAACAGUUAGAUUAGAAGAUCAACCAUUUGCUGAAGAUCAACAAGCACUUCUUGCUGAAUUUGAACGACGUCGCAGAGCUCGACAAAUUCAUGUUUCAACUGAUGAUAUUGAAGUCAAAGCAAAUCUACGUCAAUUAGGAGAACCUAUUUGUUUAUUCGGUGAAGGACCAGCAGAACGACGUGAACGUCUUCGUAAUUUAAUUUCACGUUUAUCUGAUGAUGAAAUCGCACAGAAAUUACGUAAAAAAGAAGAAGAUGAUAGAAAAAAUGAAGAUACAAAAGAAGAAGUGACAUGGUAUCAUGAAGGAUCUGAUGAAUUACAAAUGGCACGAUAUUGGAUUGCUCAAUAUUCUUUACCAAAAGCUAAAGAACGAAUUCAAAGAUUAAAAGAAUAUGUAGCUAUUCCUGAAGUACACCGAACAGCUAGAGUUCAAAAUUUAUAUCGUGCAUUACGAGCUACAUCAUUACAUUGCAGUCAAGUUGGUGAUGCUCGUCCUUUAUCCUAUUGUGAAUUUAGUCCAAAUGAUCAAAUGGUUGCAGUUUCUUCAUGGAGCGGUUUAUGUAAAAUUUGGACGGUACCAGAUUGUAGACAUGUCCGAACAUUACGUGGUCAUACAGUAAAUGCUUGUUGUGUUAGUUGGCAUCCUCAAUCGACUUUAACACAAGAUCCAGCUAUGAUUAAUUUAGCAUCGAGUGCAUUUGAUGGAAGUGUUAAAUUAUGGAAUCUUGAAAGUGAUGAACCUAUUGCCGAAAUUGAAGGUCAUGCACCAUUUCGUGUAGCAAAAACGAAAUUUCAUCCAUCAGGAAGAUUUUUAGCGACUGCUUGUUAUGAUCAUUCAUGGCGUUUAUGGGAUCUUGAAACUCAAGAAGAAAUCUUACAUCAAGAAGGUCAUUCAAAAGCUGUUCAUGAUAUAACAUUUCAAUGCGAUGGAAGUUUAACAGCUACUGCUGGAAUGGAUGCAUACGGUCGUGUAUGGGAUAUUCGAACUGGGCGUUGUAUUAUGUUCUUAGAAGGUCAUCUUAAACCAAUUUUAUCAAUUGACUUUUCACCUAAUGGAUAUCAUAUUGCAACUGGUUCAGAAGAUAAUUUAUGUAAAAUUUGGGAUUUACGGCAAAUAAAAAAUGCUUAUAGUAUUGCAGCUCAUCAAAAUUUAGUUUCAACUGUUAGAUUUCAACGUUCUGAAGGACAUUAUUUAGUAACUGUUUCAUAUGAUAAUACAAUUAAAUUAUGGAUGCAUCCAGUAUGGUCAGCAUUAUUCUCUUCAACGGGACAUGAACAAAAAAUAAUGUCAGCAGAUAUAUCUCUCGAUGGACGAUGGAUUGCAACUGUUUCUUAUGAUCGAACAUUAAAAAUUUGGUCACCGGAACAGAUUAAUUAA